GGACAUCUGCCCAAAACGCCGCAGUCCCUACUGGCGUUCAGUACAACGGUCCCAUGUGGAUAAGUGGGCGGCCACGUUGCCGUCCAAGUACGACGGGAAGGCAGACAUCACCUCUUGGAUUAGUUCCAUGAGGUCGUACUUCGAGGUCAUGCGGACACCGCAAGAGGACCGAAGUAUGAUCAUGGGGACUGAUAAUGAGCCGGCCGUACGAAACCACAUUGAGCUCCAAGCUGUCGCAGCAGGCUAUGAACACAUAGACCUGACUGAUUGGCUGAAGGUCACCCCUGUCCGCGCCCUUGAGGAUCUUCUCCUUGACCGGUACCGAGAUAAACAUGCUGCGCUCAAGGCUAGGCUGAAGCUUGAGGCCCUCAAGGGCCAAACAUGGAGGUCAUCCAUGAAGGCUUUGGAACAACACUUGAUUGUUCUGUUCACCACUCAGGAUCUGGGAAUGACUGACGUAUCUUGUAUGGAUGUAGUCAUGGGAGUGGCCCCUAAAGAAUACCUCUCCCUGCUAGCACUCAAGGACCAUGCCACCUGGCGAGAGCUCAUGAAGGACCUAGUCGACCUAGAGGCCAAGGACCUCGCCAGGCGCAAGAAGGCGCCCGCUACAGGUGUGCGCAUCACCUUUGACAAAGACUGCACUGUCACACAUGAGCUGAAUUUCUAUGUCCUGGAUAAGUGUCCUUUCGACGCGGUCAUUGGCUUGGGCUGGCUAAAGGAUCAUUGCCUAAGGACCACGUGGGCGGAUCAGUUCGUGGUACUUGAUGCCAAGGGGAACGAGCGUACCGUCUUAUUAGAUGAGACGCGCGAGUCCCCUGUGACUCUUCUAAGUGCUAACAAAUUCUGCAGAAAUAAUGCUUACCCUUUGUCUCGCAUAGAUGAUCUGCUAGAUGCAGCAGGUGGAUGCAAGGUCUUCUCCAAGAUCGACCUCAAAUCUGGUUACCACGAUAUUGAAGUUGAUCCGAGGGACCAGCACAAGACUGCAUUCAAGACACGCGAUGGGUUGUAUGAGUUCAUCGUUAUGCCCUUCGGUCUUACGAAUGCACCGGCCACCUUUCAUUGCCUCAUGGACAAGGUACUUCGCCAUCAACUCAACAGGUUUGUGGUUGUGUACCUUGAUGAUAUCUUGAUCUUCAGCAAAACCAUGGAGGAGCACCUCAAGCACCUUGAGGAAGUUUUGCAGGUUCUCAAGGAGGCGCAGCUGCACCUCAACUUGGAGAAAUCUGAGUUUGGGAGGGACAACGUCAUCUAUCUUGGGCAUCGGUUGUCUGCAAACGGCCUUGAGCCGGAGGCAACCAAGGUUGAGGUCAUCCGAAAUUGGCCUCAUUCGGCAAACGUACUGCGUUCUUUCCUUGGUCUGGCCUCGUAUUACCGGAAGUUUGUGCCCAAAUUCUCUGUCAUUGUUCACCCUCUGUCAAGACUAACGAGCAAGAAUGUUGCCUAUGCAUGGUGUGAGAAGUGUGAGACUGUGUUCCACGCCUUGAAAGAGGCAUUGGUGAGUCAUCCUGUGCUUCGCAUUGCCGAUCCCAACCUCACUUUCAUAGUCACUACGGAUGCGAGCCAGUUCGGGAUUGGUGCUGUGCUGCAGCAAGAUGAUGGUGAUGGCCUACUUCCACAUAUAUGCGUGAGCUUUACGCCCUGCGCGAAGCCCUCGCACAUUGGAAACACUACCUCUUGGGUCGCCACUUCAAGAUUCAUCAGCAAAGAUUGGAAAGACUUCACAUCUCAGAUCUACGACAUCAAACUGAACAGGACUUCUGGUCGACACCCCGAAGCCAACGGAUUGGCUGAGGAGAUCAACCAGACUGUCAUCCAAUUGCUUCGCGCACUAAUUGUUCCAGAUCAGAACACGUGGGACAAGGAAUUGCACAAAGUGAAGGGGCUGUACAACAACUCCAUUCACUCUGCGACUAGUGUGACACCAAACCAAUUGCAGUAUGGAUGGCCGAUGCGUAAUCCCCUCUCCUAUCUGUUCCCCGAACGGUCACCUGGUCUGAUGCCCGACAUGCUUGGCUACAAUGCCAAGUACGCACGCUUGCUCAAAGCUGCUACAGCAGCUAUGAACAAGUGCCAGCAUGCCAUGAUCAAACAUGCCAAUAAGCUGCGCAAAGAAGAAAAAUUCAAAUUAGGGGAUUAUGUUUGGGUCAAAAUGUCUGAGUUUUUUGAUGAAGAGGGCAUAUCACGGAAGCUUCUUCCACUGUACUACGGCCCUUGGCAGAUUCUGAAGGUAGUCGGGGAUGACUUUGGCCCUUCAUUUGUGAUUGACGUGCCUCCUCAUCUGCGCACGUAUCCGGUCUUUCAUGCGUCCAAACUAUUCCCACACAUUGAUGAUGAGACCUUUCCUUUCUGGGACCUGAUGAUACCUCGCGCUAUCGAUGACGGCCAUGAGAUAGACAGAAUCGUAUCUCACGAGGGCAGAGGGAGGAACAGACAAUAUAAGGUUCACUUCCUCUAUCACCCGUUGACUGAAUUCUUUUGGAUCGACCGGAAAGAGCUGCUGAAAAGUGCUCCCCGUGUUGUGAACACUUACGAAAGACAGAUCACCGAGGGACAGACCGCUAAGUUCGUAGCAACAAUGACUCCUCGUGGAUUGACCAAGUCUCUUUUUCUGAUGUACUCCUACGAUGCGUUCUGUACCGACUCUGACUGAGUUACUCGCUCGAAGGGACCUCGCUCUCGAGAGGGGAGUAAUGUAAUGACCCGCCAAAAACACAGACUGAGAACACUGCUGAUUUUUGGGAUUUGUCACUGGAAUGAAUGCCUUGCUGUGAU